AUGGUUUACGUGCCAAGAGUGAAGACACUUCGAGGAGAUAUGAUGAUACCUAUUAUUUUCGCGGCCCUUUGCGUGGCCGUAGCGACUGCUGAAUCGUCAUCAGUCAGCAGUCACUCGACAGCAUCGAGUAACAUGCGAGAAUACGAAUACCCGUCGACAAGUUACUUGGGCAGCAAACCCAACUAUGGCGAUCUCAGCACCACCUCCUACAUUAGUUCCGACAGUUCACCUUACGCUAAAAGUGAUUCGCGCCUAUACUCCGCCGUUGACCCCAGCUCUGACAGCAACAACAACAGCGAGCCAAGAACCUCACCAGGUCUAUCAGGCAGCUACUACAAGAGUAAAUACGCCACCGACACAGUUGUCAAUGCCCUUCGUCCAACAAGCUUUCACGGCGGUUCAUCUUCCAUCUCCUCGUCUUCAUCUCCCUCAUCCUCGUCACAAUCAUCGUCUUCUUCAGCUUCAUUGUCAGAUAUCCAAUCGAAUCAUUAUCCUGGCAACAGCAACGACUUCGCCUCGAAUCAUCCAUCGUCCAGCAACGACUACGCGUCGGGUAGUUCAAGUUUUACCGUGGGCAACUACGGUCAACGCGCGCACCAUCAGGCUUACAUGCAAGCCGAGGCACAACAACCAGAAUACGUGGGAAGCAGACCUACCGGUACCAUUUACGGAUCGUACACUGGCGCGGAAUACCCGCAGACUCGUCCUACCGCUUACGCUCAGCACAGUGGACUAAGCGGACCACCAAUGCAGCAACACACGUUGGGACAUUAUCCAUCGGCCGAGGAUUAUUCAUCGGCGGUAGCUGCGGCACCGCCGCCACACUACAAAACCUACAUUAUGAGCGGCGCGCCUUCGUAUCCAACGAGCAAAUAUUCGACGGUUCUUGGUGCGAUCAAGAGCUUGUUCGGUGGUGGCAGCGGUGGUCCAAUGCUAUCCGACGCGGCUUCAAGUCCGACUCACUUGUCGUCUUACUCGUCCAUGGGACCGAGCUCGUCGGCUUACUACUCGCCUAGCUGGAUGCCCGCUGCCACUCAUCAUAUGCCUGUGUCUGCUUCGUCAGCAACUGGCGUUGGAACUGCACCGCCGAGCUAUUACCUCGGAUCCGGUCUCGCGCCAUCGACAUCGGCGUACUCCAAGAGCUACGCACCGAUGCGUCUUAUGAGCGGAUUCGCCGGCAGCGGUGUACCCGGUGGCAAAGUCAUCGUCGUCAGAGACAGCGGUUCCGCACACUUGGGUGCCAGUUAUCAGCCCACUGCUGGACUUCUUAUGGCUUCGUCGACCAGCUAUCCAGUGAAGAGUAAAAUUUCGUUCGGUCCUAGCUCAGCUGGGCCGACUUACUUGGCGUCGCCGAGCUCGCUGCAAAGUUAUACGAGUGGACCACCAAGUAGCUCGUUUCCAACGAGUUAUUCGAGUAGCAGCAGCUUCGCCGGUGGCCACGGGGGAAGUCCCUUUUUAGGAUACACGAUGUAA